UCAAAAAUUUUACUUCCGGAUUUCGGAGUCUUCGGCGCAGCAAACAACAACCUAGCGAAAACGAGCGAGGAGGAAAAAGAGGGAUUUCUGUCAAGAACCUUUGGCGAACUUUUCCCUCACCUCUACUCCUGCAGCUGCACGCAAGCGAGCGCAAUAGCUCAAUCGGAAAAUCACAAAACACCACAUCUCCAGGACGUUAAUUGGGACAACUAGGUCCCAAGAGGAGGCGGAUCACAUGCAACGCGUACAGUCAGCAGUAGAUUUUUCCAAUCUUCUGAAUCCAUCGGAAUCAACGGCAGAGAAGAGAGAUCACAGCGGCUCCCCAAGACAACAAGCCGCACAACCACAACAACCACAGCCCGAAGCAGACAUGGCGACAGUCGGUUUGUUGCGCCCCAACGGGCCCCUGCCUGGUGCCCAACCCACUGAGCCCGCCAACGAGCUCCCACGGCCUUACAAGUGCCCCCUGUGCGACAAGGCUUUCCACCGCCUGGAGCAUCAGACAAGACACAUUCGCACACACACAGGAGAGAAGCCGCACGCGUGCCAGUUCCCGGGGUGUAGCAAGAAGUUCUCGCGUUCGGACGAGCUGACUCGGCACUCGAGGAUACACAGCAAUCCUAACUCGCGGAGGGGAAACAAGGGCCAGCAGCAGCAGCAGCAUCCCCUUGUUCACAGUCACGGGUUGCAGCCCGACAUGAUGCCUCCUCCCGGCCCCAAGGCUAUCCGCUCUGCUCCCCCUUCCUCCAUGUCCUCUCCCAACGUGUCACCCCCUCACCACUCUUACAGCCCUUACAACUUUGCUCCCUCGGGUCUCAACCCCUAUAGCCAUUCCCGUAGCUCCGCCGGCAGCCAAAGUGGCCCUGAUAUCUCGCUCCUCGCGAGGGCCGCCGGACAAGUUGAGCGGGACGGCGCCGGUCAUCAUCAAUUUCAGCCACGAUUCCAGUUCUACGGAAACACUCUGCAUGCCGCUGCGGCUUCCAGGAAUCAGCUCCCUGGGCUCCAGGCUUAUCACAUGUCCAGGUCGCACUCCCACGAGGAUCACGACGACCACUAUGGCCAGUCCUACAGGCAUGCCAAGAGGUCGAGACCCAACUCGCCCAACUCGACAGCACCUUCUUCCCCAACAUUCUCUCACGAUUCGCUAUCGCCCACUCCCGAUCACACACCACUCGCUACUCCUGCUCACUCGCCUCGUCUGCGCCCUCAUCCUGGCCUUGAGCUACCCCCUUUCAGGAAUCUCUCCCUGGGCCAGCAGCACACGACGCCAGCGCUGGCUCCUCUCGAGCCCGCUCUUGAUGGGCAGUUCUCGCUUACUCAGACUCCUCCCGCUGCGUCCAGGAGCAGUGGCAUGUCCUUGACCGACAUCAUCAGCCGACCUGAUGGCACUCAAAGGAAACUUCCUGUGCCGAAAGUUGCCGUCCAGGAUUUGCUUGGGCCAGCCGAUGGGUUUAUCAGGAGCUCUUCUUCUACCAGCCUCUCUGGAGCGGAGAUGAUGGACAGGUUAUAAAGCAACAUCAGCGAACAACCUUGGCUUCUGGAACUUGUUCGAUAACGACGAAUGACAACAACUAGCGGGAACUAGCGGGACGAUAUAGAAGGAUACAAAGUUUGGCGUUCAAUGGG